GAAAGAACGAAAGGAAGGUUCACGCACUAGUUGUCUAUUCCAUCUAUCUUUCUCUUUCUCUCUAUUUUUCUCUAAGUGCGUAUACGCUAUCAUUCGUUGAAGCAGCCUGUGAAAUUGUAACUUUACACGGAAGCGCGUCACAGGUUAGCGCGUUUAAUUGAUUUACAUAGACGACAUGACAGCUUGCAUUUUCCAAUCCUUCCUGAACUAUUCGUAUCUCUUCAAUAUUAUGCCCUAGAACGUAUACGCGUGCAUGUAAUAAGGAGAAGAAAGGCGCGGCUACGGGAUCUAGCGCCCGCGAAUACAGAAACGUUCACCGUUUCUGUGCCCGGAAACUUUCUUCCGAUCGAGAACGAUGAUUAUGCAAGCGGUCGAUCACUUGGAUCAGAAUUAUGUCCGGUAUCGUUUACGAGUGUCGAGUGAGCGGCGAAAUUGCGAUCGUGAGGAAUUGCUUUCUUUAUCUUGGUGACAGACAGAAAGGGAGAGAACAAGUGUUCGCGAAACAAAAAAACAAAAAAACGAAAGAAAGAUAUAAAUUAUAUUAGCGAAAAAAAAAAACAAUAUUUUGAAUCGAUUUACGCGAUUCGUUGGCUUGUGGGAAAAGGUAGUCGAGAAGGCCGGACCACUUUGCGAUGAUUAGUCCACGUGCGUCACGAAGCGUAGCAUUCUAUGGUCCACCUUUAAGACGUUCCGGGCCCGACUUGUAUAUUUUUCCGGGGAGUGGGUUCGCGUUAGCUACGGCGAAAGUGCUGCCGGUAUAUAUGCCGCUGAUUGAGACGAUGUAACUUCAGUGUGCACUACCGAAGUCUACCAUGAGCACUCCACAGGCACUCGUGCUCCUCGUCCUCGUGGCCACGGCGACGUUGGCUUCCGAGACGAAGAAGGAGGCGAAGAAGGAGGCCACCGAUAGCAAAGACGCGAAAAGCAAAAGAGGAUUGGAAUUGAGUUUGGGUCAUGGCUUUGGCGAUUUUGGCGGACACGAAGGAUUUGGCGGCGGAUUGGGAGGAGGAUACGGAGGAGGAUAUGGAGGAGGAUACGGAGGAGGAUACGGAGGAGGAUACGGAGGAGGAUUUGGCGGUGGUGGCGGCGGUGGCGGUGGCGGUGGAUUGGGAGGUGGCGACGGGGGACGUAUCAGUUCGAUAACAAUCCACAGGGAGGUUCAAGUCCCAGUACCAGCACCAUAUCCGGUCGAGAAGAAUAUACCGGUUCCAGUGGCUGUGCCAGUGAAGGUCCCGGUCGAUCGUCCUUACCCUGUGCACGUACCUAAGCCUUACCCAGUGCCCGUAGAAAAGCACAUUCCGGUCCCGGUCGAGAAACCGGUACCAGUACCAUACAAGGUUCCCGUAAAAGUGCCGUACAAGGUACCAUACCCGGUCAGCGUACCUGUAAAGGUACCUUACCCUGUACAUAAGGAGGUACCUUACCCAGUUAAGGUUCCCGUCGUCGUCAAAGAAUCUUAUCCAGUAUAUGUCCAUGGAGGAGGUGACGGUGGCGGCUAUGGCGGCGGCUACGGUGGCGGCUACGGAGGCGGCUACGGCGGCGGCUACGGCGGCGGUCAUGGCUACGGAGGUGGUUACGGAGGUGGCUACGGAGGUCACGGCUUGGAGAUUUCCGAUUUUGGUGGAUUGCAUCAUUGACGAUUAUGCGAAUCUCGACCAUAACUGUCGAGACCAGACUUCAACGAUUAUUAUCAUCUUGUAUAUAAUUCUAGUUUUUCUUUCUUCUCCCCAUUUUCUUUUACAUACCAACAGAUGCGU